AUGAAUGAAGCCAAAAUAUUUCUUCACUUCGCACUUUCAGAAAAAAAUGAGGAUGAAAGACUUUAGAAGGUAAUCAAAGCCUGCAAAAUCAUAGCAGAUAUAAUGCCGAAUGACUCAAUCAAUGAAUCUGUAAAAGCCAGUAUUCCAGAGAUUCUCCCAAAACUUAUCAAAAUGCUGCCAUAUCUCACUACUUCUAUAGAUAUGCUUCUGAAGGCAUUUAUAGAGAGAUUUGCCAUUGAUACAGAAUCGAUAUCGCAGUUUUAUAAGAUAUUCAUUGAAGAGUUUCAAAGUGCGGCCCACAACGUGAUCAAAGAUAAGUGCAUUGACUAUAUGUUUAAGAUCCUUCGGAGACUGGACAAGCCUCUUUUGAUUUCGAUCUAAAACUCUCUUGAAACUGUGCUCAAGUCCAACUACUUUAUUCAGGAUAAUAACAGAGAUAAAGCCAUAGAAAUAGCUGAAUAUCUCAUGGAAUGUCUAGAUGAUGAUGAGAUAAAUCCCUAUAUAUACCAAGAAUUUUUGGGUUAUAACAAUACAGUUGAUAAUGUUUUGUCAGGCAAUGCUAUGGUUGAUAAGAAAAAGACUAUAAGGGCUAAUAGCAUUAUUUCUGAGUCAGGAUUUGGAGAUAGCUUUAUAUCAGAAUUUUAAAAUGAAGCAGCAGAUAUGAAUUUGAAUUUCGAUGACUUUAAAAGUGCUCUCAAGACUGAAAGUAAAAUUGAUAGAAUAGAAGCGUUUAUGAACUCUGAAGAUAUAUUCAUUAGUACAAACAAAAAUAUCAGGGGCUUUUUAAACAAGAAAGACAAUCUCGAAGUCUUCGUGAGUUUAAUCUCCAGACCUCAUGAAGUUGAGUCAAGAAUAUGGUGGAAGCCAUCUCAACGUAUAAGCCUAGAUUCAAGAGAGAUUUUUGAUGACUAUAGAGAAUUCAACCUCAGAAAUUAGAAUAACUACUAUCUUUACGAUCACAAAUCCCUAAACAAAAUUGACUAUAUAAACAAAAACUCUGAGCUCAAGAAUAUUUACAGAUCAUUUAAUGCCCUUCAAAUAUUCUUAGCCAAAGAUAACCUCGAGAUUAUAUUGGACAGAUUUGAGGGCUCAUUAGAAAAGAUUAUUUUGUCAUUGAAAGAUGCUUUUGAUCCUAAGAGUAAUGCUAACAUUGAGCAUUGUUUGAUUCUAAUGAGAGCUUUGAUAAGCGAGAGACCUGAUGAGAGCUUGGAGUUAUUAAUUCAGACUAAGAAAAUUAUUCUUCUAAUGCUGUAAAUGAUUGAAAAUAGAUUUGUUUAUUCGUUUUUCAACUAGCUAUUGUUAAGACCACAAACUUUGAUGAUAGACUUAGAAAUUUACAAUGAAUUUGUAUUGCGAGAACUUAUGGAGUGCAAAUUUUUUGAAAUUUUGAUUGAACUGACUACACUUUCCAAUGCAAAAUUAGAAACAACUAUCUUUGAAUUCAUACUGGACAAAGAGAAAAAACUUCAACAAGAGAAAGAGAAAUUAGAAAAAGAAAAGUAGCAUGAAGAGGAAGAAGCUAUGAUGAAAUCCUAAUCUAUGAUGAGGGAUAGUUCAGUACAAAUGUAACAGCAAACUCCUACCUUUUUUAUGUUCAGUCAAAUACUCUAAUAACCAGGAUCUAAAGAUGCUAAGAAUAAAUAAGACUCAUAGAAAGAAGACAUGUCUUCGACUUAAAAUGAGAUAACAAAAGAUAUGAACAAAGACUCAUAGUAGCAGCCUAAAAUACCGUUUACUACUGCAGUUAAAGCAUUUUAGAUACUAUCAGAUCUGCUAAGAGAGCAUAUUGAGGUCAUUGAUGAUAGAAACUGUUUCGAUUUCCAUAAGUACUAAAGUGAAGAAUUGGUAUCUCAUUUAUUUGGGAGAGAGAUGAGUCCAACUUUACUCUAGAGUAUGUUUACUAUGUGCAUGAAGAUUUUCUGCCUGACUGAUGGGCAUACUAAAACUUAUAACUGGUUUAUUAAUGAGCAGACCAAGAAAGUAUCUAAGAACUCAUCAUCCAUGCGAACUUCUUCUGCAAAUGUAGGAGGGCCUUAAACACUUUGGGGUGUAAGUAAGGUUGAGGUAGCUGACUAUGGCUCAGACAUUACAGAGCUACUGAUAAAUAUACUUAAAACAUACCAAAAAUCUGAUAGCCUUAGGUACCUGGUCAAAGGAGAGCUGCUUAAAUUGAUUAAAUUAAAUUUCGUCGAGUUUUAAAAGUAUCUGCUUGUAGCUUUUAAGGAGCAGCCUAAUCCCAAAAUACUCCCUAAAAUAGCUCCAAUGAAAUACCAGACCUACGAUAUUAUGAAUCCUUUCAGCAGAAGAAAGAUUUAAAUGAUAGAGUUCCUACUCUAGGUAGUUAACUUUGAUUCAACCUUUCUACUAUACCUCUCAAAAGAUGCGUGGUCUCAGAUAGUUGACCACGUCUUUCAACACGAGUACUGUCCAGUAUAUCAUUAGACAUUUUUCAAGUUACUCUUGAAAGUAAUGGAACUGAGAGAUGAAAAUCUACUAGUUACAGUAAUAGUAUGUCAGAAUGCUCUGUCUAAAAUUCAUUAGCUUUAUGAGGAAUAAUAUAGAGCUAUUGAGUAUAAAAUGGAUUUUAAGAAGCAGGACUUGAUGACUAUAGUUUGUCUCUGGGUUGAAUUAGUAGACAUGCACUUUGACAAAAAUGAUAACUUCCCUGGAUUUUCAAGUCAACUGGACAGUUCAUACUCUUGGAAGAGAAUCAAAGCUCUCAAGUAGACUGUGAAGAUUCAUGACUUUGUGGGAAUAUUAGAGAAGUUUUAUCAGUUUCCGUAUCUUACUCAAACAGCCAUGAGGGGUAUGCCUAAGUUUGAUCAUUAAGAUUCAGCAGGUACAUUAUUCGCAGAUGAUGCGCAUAGUAAUGCUUCAAUGGAUGGGACUACUAAGUUUCAUAAAAGCAGAGUUGCAAAUGUUAAUGGGGAAUUUGUGAAUACGAUGAAAUCAAAUGGAGUGCUAAGUCCUAGAAGUGGUAGAAAUGCAAAUGGAGGUCAAGGCUUAAAUAAAAAGACUAGUUUUGGAGGUGCAAUAAUCAUGGAGAACCCAUUCCAACAAAAAUCUUAAGUCCCAUCUAAGAAUGAAGUAUAAACCCCUUAAAGCAGAUAAGGAAUUAUUACUAGUGGUUCAAGCAGAAAGCUAGAGACAAAGUAAAACUCUGGUCAGCAAAUUGGUGUUUCUUUUAAGCCUAAUUAGCCUUCUUCUACCAAUGGUAGCAAAGCUACUCUUCCUAUGAUAAGCACUGCAAAUUCAAAAAAGAAGACCAAGUGA